GCCACACUUGCCCAAUAGUUCACGCGAGACUGUCGCCAUGUUUGGUUAUUUUAUUUGUUUUUAACGCGGAGUAACAUCAGAUAAUUUGAAGCGCUCCUAGUCGAAUGUGUCGUGGAAUUUUGUUUGAAUGAAUAAAUUAAAAGGAACGCGUCCGCACUAUAUUACCGUACAUUAUUUUUUUGUCAGUGCAGUAGCAUCCAGUGAGAAAAUCAACACAAACAACAAUUGUUCCAUUUGCACAAAAAUAGCCUAAAAUUUUAACAGCAACAACAGCAGCCGCGGCACCAAUACCAACCACAAUAACAACAACAACAGCAACACUGUAACUGUAAAACGCCGCAACGCAACAGAGCAAAAAGCGCUGAAAAGUGUUACACAAAGUGAAAUUGCCUUUUGCGGCACACACAAAAAAAAAUUAAGUACACGGCACAGCAGCGGCAACACAACAACAACAGCAGCAGUAGCAACAACAUCAAAAUAACAAACAACAUUUUGUGCGUGUACGUUUACUUUUGAGAGUUGUUGUAGUUGAGCCGCGAACAAUUCCAAUUGGAGUUCACUGCUGACUGCAUCUAGAGAAGGACAACAACAAACAUACAAGUAAAAACAAAAACAAAAUAAUCAUGGGCGAUUUUGAUUUAAAUGUGGACAGUCUCAUACAACGGCUGCUGGAAAAUUUCAAAAAACAAAAAGAGGCCGAGGAGCAUGCACAGAAGCUGCUCAUCGCUCAGCAAUUGGCCGCUGCUGGCGGCGGCAGUGGCAGCGGCGUCUCUGCCUCCAGUUCGGCCGCCUGUUUAGUGGGCGGCAGUAGCAGCAGCAGCAGCUGCAGUGGCGCCACCGCCGCAUCGGCAGCAGCAGCAGCAAUGACAGCAAACGAUCCGCUGGACGAGCUCACCGAACAGCAGCGCCGCAUGCUGCAGCAAUACUCGAUAUCGCCGCCCAGCGAGACAAUGAUAUCGGCCGAUGGCGAUCAGAUAACGGUGCAUCAUCCGCGCGAGGAGCCCAAGAAAUCCAGAUUGAAAUUGCGCGACUUCUUCGUCGCCGAAUUUGUGCGCAGCUGCCGCACCGGCAAACAGGUGCAGAUGACGGAGGCGGAGGUGCGCGGCUUGUGCUUGAAGUCGCGCGAGAUAUUCCUGCAGCAGCCCAUACUGCUGGAGCUGGAGGCGCCACUGAUCAUCUGCGGCGACAUACACGGCCAGUACACAGACCUGUUGCGGCUGUUCGAGUACGGCGGCUUUCCACCGACGGCCAACUAUCUGUUCCUCGGCGACUAUGUGGACCGGGGCAAGCAGUCACUGGAGACGAUCUGUUUGCUCCUGGCCUACAAGAUCAAAUAUCCCGAGAAUUUCUUCUUGUUGCGCGGCAAUCACGAGUGCGCCAGUAUUAAUAGAAUUUAUGGCUUUUACGACGAGUGCAAGCGUCGCUAUAAUGUCAAACUAUGGAAGACCUUCACAGACUGCUUCAACUGUCUGCCGGUGGCCGCGAUCAUCGACGAGAAGAUCUUUUGCUGCCACGGCGGCCUCAGUCCCGACCUGCAGGGCAUGGAGCAGAUUCGUCGCCUGAUGCGACCCACAGAUGUGCCCGACACUGGGCUGCUGUGCGAUCUGCUCUGGAGCGAUCCCGACAAGGAUGUCCAGGGCUGGGGCGAGAAUGAUCGUGGUGUUAGCUUCACCUUCGGCGUUGAUGUGGUAUCCAAAUUCUUGAAUCGACACGAGCUGGACUUGAUUUGUCGUGCGCAUCAGGUCGUUGAGGAUGGCUACGAGUUCUUUGCGCGACGUCAGCUGGUCACACUGUUCUCGGCGCCCAACUACUGCGGCGAAUUCGACAAUGCUGGCGGCAUGAUGACCGUGGACGAUACGCUCAUGUGCUCAUUCCAGAUAUUGAAGCCAUCCGAGAAGAAGGCCAAGUACUUGUACAGCGGCAUGAACUCGUCCCGGCCAACAACACCGCAGCGCAGCGCCCCAAUGUUGGCGACCAACAAGAAGAAAUAAUAUAUCCAUCCGCUUCCAUUUCCUUAAAACCUCAACAAACAGCAGCAGCAAAAACAAUUAACAACAAAUAAACGAAUAACUUUUAUAUAGUAUAUAUACGUACAUAAAUAUGUCAAAAUUUAAUGUGUGCAAACUAGUUGAAAGAUUAAACAAAAAAAAAACAAAAACAAAAAAACCAAAAACAAAAACAAAAAAAAAAUACACACAAAUCCAAGUACAGAAAGAGAAAGUAAUACAAAAACUAAAUACAAAUGAAAUCGCAGCGAACAAAAAGAGUUGCAGAUAAACAACGCAAAACGUGUUAACGGUUUAAUACAAAAAAUAAAAAUAAUAAAAAAUAAAUAUUAAAAAAAAAUAUAUAUAUAUAUAAAUAUAUAUAGUUAUAUGUAUACAUAUGAGUAUACUGUAUAUGUAACUGAUAACGUUAUCAUUAACUGUAUACAACUUCUAUAUUAUUUAUUUACAUUACAUGUACAUACAUGUUGCUAUAUGCAUAUUGAUUACACUACACAACAAAACAAAACACUGAACGACAAUGAACAGAUAAACACUUAAGUUCUUGCAUUUGUUUAUAAAGUAAAGCUCUUGUCUCUGUCCUCUCAAUUGGCUUGUGGCUAACACAUUGUUGAUAUUGGUCAAGAUCACGUCCAAAUUCAACCAAUUCAAACCUAGCCCCGCCUCGCCCCGCCCCGCCUCAUUCCGGCAUCAUUUCAACACACGAUUUAGAGCAACAAGAGUACAGCGAUUUAAGCAAUGAAUUUAUAUAGACAUAUUAAUGUAAACUAUAUACGAUACCUACUUAUAUGUACCGCAACCAAAAUACAUAACAAAUGCAAACAA